AUGCUCUCCGACGUCGUAAAAAAGGAAGACCCGACCUCGCUCAAGUUGGCGUCUGGAAGGGGGGCAAAGCGUCGUAAAGAAAAGAAGAGCACGGCAUCACACUAUACUCAACACCACACAAACCUAUCCAAACGUAAGGCUUUAGAGGAAACGGCGACGUUCGACACGAACAUGACAAGGGGAAACCAGAAAGGCGGAGGUGGAGAGCAAAGGAAGCGUGGCUAUCCUCGGAGAAAUUUGGAGUUGCCACCGGAAACCUAUCAACCUGUCGACUAA